GGACAGUGUGUACUUUAGUAUUAGAUCUUGACAAUGAACAAAAAAUCUAUGAAUAUCAUCAAGGAAGUGAGAUCCGAUAUAACAAAUGACGUAUCGUUAUAUACAUCCAGUUAGAGCAUGGAAAUAGGCUAGACUUGAGUCAACAUUCAACUUGAACGCUGUCACCAUCAUAUUCCACGUAACUCACAAGGGGAGAAGGAAGACAAAAUCCAGAUGUAGCUUACAUGUAUGUCAAGGCCAACCGGUAUUGGAAGAACGGCAGAGAAAGAGAAAGAGGGGGAGAAAACGCAGAGCUCGAAGUGAAAGGGCACAUAUUCCACCUUCUUUCUCUAGCGGUUGUUCAGAAAUGAAAUCCAAAACUCAAGUUGAUGACCCCAUAUUUUUCUACGAAAACUCGUCAGGACGAUGAGCGUCGGUAAUAGUGACACUGCUCAGAUCCUCUUCAUCCGCUGCUAUUGCAGUUGGAACUUAGAAUUGGAAGAUACUUGAAUCCGGAAUUGAAUAAACGAGGAGCUAAAUCGCCAUUUGUUUAGGGUAUUUAUAUAUUAUCAAGACAACCUACUGAUAUUUCAUUCCAUUUGUUUGACAUUAAAGGAACUCCAAGUGUUGCUUCAAUGGACAGGGGGGAGUUACGGCAACGGUAACGAUUGCUGAAUCAUGAGGGUGAGUCUCAUGCGAAUAAUAUUCCUCUUCGGAUCUAUGUUUCUUACGACAUGCGUCGUCAUCUUCGUUAACUACCCAACAUCUUAUGGGACUAGAGAAGACGAGCGAACUGUAGAUAGACUUCGCAGAUUGAAUACACUUGAACACCGAAUCUUAGGAGGACGUUUGUUGCAGGUAUCUCAGCCGAAAGGACAAGAAUACAUAUUCUCGAACAAAACCUCGAUCGACAAAAAUAUAACAAAAAGCAUUAGCAUCAAGGGAGAAGAGCUUCCUAAACCUCACAACAACAUAAAAAGGAUAAAGGUGAACAUUAAAGGAGAAGGGCCUCCUAAACCUCAAAACAACGUUAAAAGUGAAGAGGCGCCCAAACUUGACAACAGCAUCAAAUAUGAAAAGGCACCAAAACAUGACAACAGCGUCAAACAUGAAGAGACAUCAAAACUUGAAAACAGCGUUAAAACAUGCAAACACCAGAGGGCGCCAGAUCGCAUGGAGAACUUGUUUGGGGAACAGUUCAAUCGAAGCAUUACCCCAUUCAUGACAUUAUCCUCAUUACAGUCUGCUAGCUCCACCAGAUAUUCUCUUCCUUUUGGUUUCCGUCGAUUAGAAGGAGCAACAAGGUCUCUUCUUGAAAAAUUACCUGAUACGGAUAUUCCGGCAGAAAUCAGAAAGUUGUCGUGUCGUCGGUGUAUUGUGAUCGGGAAUGGAGGUCUAAUGAAAGGGGCCCAGCUUGGUAGUGAGAUAGACAAAUACGACGCGGUAUUCAGAUUGAAUACAGCGCCCAUCAAGGGAUACGAAACUGACGUCGGGUCGAAAACCACAGUACGAAUUGUCUAUCCCGAGAGCUCGGUUCUCAGCCCAGAUGUCUACGCUCAGGACUGGACUUUGCUUGUCGUUGCAUUCAAACAGGUCGACCUCCAGUGGAUCGACUACAUCAUAGAAGGUCGUGACUUGAAAAAACUAAAGGGAUUCUGGCACCCGACUGCGGAUUUUGUGCCGAAACCGAGAAAGGAUAUUCGAAUAUUUAAUCCGGCAAUCAUAUCAGAACUUUCAGCUAAUCUCAUCGGAUUUAAGAUAGCGAAGGGCAAAAUGGAUAAGAAUGUACCGACGACGGGUUCAAUGGCGAUUAUGGUGGCGCUAAGGUUCUGCGACGAGAUAUCAGUGGCAGGGUUCGGCUACGAUAUCAAACGCCCAGAUACACCGAUCCAUUACUACAGCUCAGAGAAAACCAAAUCCAUUAUGUCAUCGUUUACCCACGGAAUCGACCUCGAGAAGAAAUUCCUUCACAAACUGGUCAAGCAAGGAAUCAUCAAUGAUCUCACAGGAGGUCUUCGGAACCAACUCUAGACCAAUUUGUCCAUUAUGUAUUUUAUACAACCAGCAGCCGAUCAACGCAGGUCUACGAUUCACUGCUGGUAGAAAACGCAAUUGGGGCAAUUUUAGGUGCGCACAGUCAUCCAAAUUGAGAAUUGUAUUUUAUUGUGGAAUAUUUGAUUUGGUUUGAUAGAGGUGGUUAUUUACCAUAUUGCAGACACGCAUUAAAUCACAAAAGCGUAAAGUGGACAACCAAUUAAUGCACAAUUGUAUUUGAUAAAAGUUUCUCCAAGCAUGCCAAGUGUGAUCUGUAUAAUUAUGAUAAUCCCCAGCACAUGCGUAUCUGCCUGGUUGUUAUCCUUUUUUAGAUGUUUAUGAUGACGAUUAUUCAUGAUGAAUAUAUUUACAUUCCUCUUUGAUUACAUGCAUACGAUUUCACACGACAAAGUCAUGUGACAAUAUGUUGUAGGAUAGGUUUUAUCUAGCAAUGUGUAUAUUUGAAAUAGUUCGUGAAAUAAAGGCUUGCCAAUAAGGUGAAGAAUAUAUUUUUAAUAAUUAAUCUCUGUUUUCAAAUACCAUUUUAUAAACUGGAAUAAUUUAUAUGCAUGAUCAAAUUAAGAUAAAAGCAUAAUCUGCAAAUUUCGCCACCGAUGUUGUCGGUCUUGCCUUUCAAUUACGUGCUUUAUUUCAGUAAUUAAAAAAUAUGCCCUUUCCGAAUUCAAUUGUGAAAUCACUUAGCGAUAAUCAGUACUUUUGUUAAUUAAUUGUACAUAGCAAAUGUUAAAUUAACUCUUGCCUCCUUGUUUUAUGUUUACCUAUGACUGUGUUUGAAAUAAAUAAUCUAUAGUAUCUCCUUUCUAUUAUGUAUGAUGUCAUGCCUUCAGAAACACCAAACGUAUUUUAUAUUCCCGGUUAUAAUUCUCCUCCUCCCUCUCAACCUCUUCGAUCUUCACUCUUCUUCUUCUUCUGCUUCUCCUCCUCCUCCUCUUUCUCUUCUUUAAUGUUUCUACUAUCUUUCCUCAAGGUUUGAAUACUAUUGUCAUUGUGUUAUAUUAUUGUAGAUGUAAGAUAAGAUGUAAAAUGUAGCGAGAUCGGGAAAUAUAUUGCUAUAGCGCCCCCUUGUACGAGAGGCAAAAGAUAUUCAUUCGAUCCAACCUAUUUCCAAUUUUUAUUUUAUUUCAUUUUCAUACAGCUGAUCGACAAAGUGUAUGAAUAUGAUUGUCCAUCUAUAAACACUUAUUCUACGGAGGGUAACUAUUAAACUUUUUCCAACUUGGGAAGAAUCAUCACCAGGUUUGGAAGUAUAUUUUACUGGCGGAAGGAUUAGGGCUAUUUUUAAUUUCAUCUCUCAUGACAUGUCUUCUUAAUGUCGAUCAAGUGACCCUUUUAUGGUCAGAUAUGGAUUGUCAGAUAUCCUAUUCACUUGUGCCACUUUAACACACGAGUCUAUGGGAAAUGUUUUAUGCCCGUGAGACCUCGAAGUGUUUGACCAUCGUGCGUACUAUCUGUGAUAUCUUCAUAAGCAAAUUGUAUUAUUUCUAUAUUUUUUUCUCUCUCUCUCUUUUUUUUUUUGGGGGGGGGGCUAUAACCUUGAUUUUGCUCUGCUGUAUUUACUCUUCCGGGAAUAUACGCCUGUUUUAUUUUAUCAGUGUCGUGUAUCAAAUGAAACGAAUGUAGGAAUGCGAUGAUUUGGCCAUGAUACAUUAAAGCAAAAACCACAUUUUGGCACUAGAAUGUUGAUUAGGUUGAGGCUGUUGUAACCCCCCCCCCCCCUCCCCAGAGAAAAGACAUCAAAUGUGUUUUGUUAUAAAUUGCAACCGACUUCCUGUUUUGAUAAUGAAACUUUCAAUAUUUGAGCCUAUUUCUACGGUUAUUCUGUGUUAUGCUACAUAU